AUGUUAGCUUCAGGAGAACCGCUUUCUGGGAAAUUGUAUCAAUGUGUACUGGAACUAGAAGAUAAUGUUGAGAAGUUGGUCUCGGAGCUGGACAGAGAUCUGUUAAAAUCUAAGGAAGAGAAUAAAGAUCUUAGGAAAGAGCUUGAGCAGAGUGAAGCUCGAAACACAGAGCUUGUGAAUGAACUUGAGCAGAAUGAAAACCAAAAAGAACUGCUCAACCAAGAGCUUAAGAAGAGUGAAGCACAAAAUAAAGAGCUUAGUAAUGUGGUCUUACAACAACGUUCAACCUUGUCAAGCUAUGAAGAUCAAUUGAACCAUCUUAAAAGUGAUCUUGCUCAGAGUAAAGCUCAUACUGAGGAUCUAAAGAGAGAACUUGAUCAGGUUGCCUCUGACGCCACUACUCUUGUGCACCAACAUGAGUCAAGGAUAGAAACUAUGACCAAAGAGCAUGAUAGCUUGAUUAGAGAGCACAACCAAGCUUUGAAGGAGCGAGACUUGGCCUUGGUGAAGUUGAACACCAUUGGAGCAGAGCUAAAGGAGGCGCAAGAAGACUUGGAAUCAGGCAAGAAGGUGUUGGAGACUGAGAGGAUAUCACUGGUUGAAAAGCUUAACAAGGCAAAGGAAUUGUGGGAUGCUGAGAAGAUAGCACUAACUGAGAGGCUUACUAAGGCGAAGGAGGUUUGGGAUGCUGAGAGGAAAGGACUGGCUGAGAUGCAUACUAAGGAAAAGGAGAUGUGGGAAUCUGAGAGGUUAGGGCAGGCAGAAACACAUACUAAGGCAAAGAAGGUGUUGGAAUCUGAGAGGUUAGCGCUGGCAGAAACACAUACUAAGGCAAAGCAGGUGUGGGAUGCUGAGAAGGUAAAACUACUUGAGAGGCGUACUAAGGUGAAGGAGGUUUGGGAAGCUGAGAGUAAAGCACUGGCUGAGAGGCUUACUAAGGUUGAGGUGUGGAAGGCUGAUCAAAUAGCAGAGUACCCUGUGACUUCAAGGAAAAGCGUCAGUAAUAUACACUCGACCAGCAACAAAGAGCGAGGAGAAGAAUGGCAACCCAAAGGUACUUGCAAAUUUCAACAACUUUCUCAGGCAUUGGUCAUGGAUAUUCUCUCAAGGCUCUCAGUCAAGUCCCUCUUCAACUGCAGCAUUAAGAUCAAUCAGUGCAAGUUAUUGCGAAUGUCUCAUCCUGUGAUCACACCGCGAUUUUGUAAUGAGGAUUCUUCGAGCUCAUGUGACAUCUACCGUCGGGCUGAGGUAUACACUAUGGGGACAGGAGUUUGGAGAAGCAUUGGAAUUGUUCCCAAGUGCGGGAGUAUUCUCAAGGCACCAUUUGAUGCUAUUUUGCAUGGAGCUCUUCAUUGGGUUUCGUUUUGGGGUAAGAGCAGUAAGUUUAUACAUUCUUUCGACUUUGAAAGAGAAGAGUUUCAACGAAUACCCCCUCCUGGCAACUUUGGACUGAUAGAGAAGCAGUAUACAGAUAGUUUGAAGUUGGGAGUGUUAGGAGAUUGUCUCAUUUUAUCUGUGUUUUCUGAUGAUUCUAGCAGAUUUGACAUGUGGGUUAUGAAGGAUUAUGGUAUCCAAGAGUCUUGGACUAGAAGUCUUGUUAUUGAAAACUUCUUUCCAAAGGAACUUAGCUUUGUUUGUUGUGAACCUAUUAUUCUUUUGAGUAAUGGGGAAAUCCUGAUGUUCAACGAUGAUGAUCCUUGGGUUAUAGUUUGUUAUAAUAAAGAAGAAAAGAGUUUCAGGGAAGCUAGAAUAACUUCGACUACAUUGCCAUUGAUUCAACUUGGUUACUGUCCAUCCUUUGUUUCGCUCCAUGAUGUUUCAAAGGGAGAGGUGGUGAAAAGGUACUAUAACUCUACUUCAAAGAUCAUAUAA